AUGUGUAUCAUGUUAUUCAUGACCCACCACGACGGCCCACGAGAGCACUACCUUGGAUCGUACCACUGCGCACACGCCGACCGCCCCGGCACUUUCGAAUCCCAUCAGAGGUGCCUGCUUGAAGAGAGCCGAUUCGACUGCUCAGAGUGUUUGGCCAAGGAUGGCAUCCAAGUGGAUCCUGAUAUCGUUGCGAUACAGUACUAUCACCCUAUUGCCCACUUUGAAAUUGAGCACAUAGAGGGAAAAGGUUGGGUAAAGGUUGGCGAGCAAGGUAAUGUGAAGCGUACGGAGAAUGUUAGUACCGCUGGACAGAAUGAAGAAGAGGAAGAUGAAGACUUAGGCGGCUACGCCUAUAGCUUCGCAAGUCUUUCGGACUGCGACAGUGUCACUUCACACUGGCGUCUUGAUCAAAUUAUGACAUUGCCUGUCCGUCCGACCACUGCAGACACCAAGAAGAAGUCGCCCUCUCCAUUCUACCAAGAGCCCACACCAACGGAAGAGGCAUAUGAGACGAGCUCACCGCAUGAACCGCACGAGAUGCACGAUGUACGUGAGCCAGUCUACGAGGACGCUGCAGAGGAUCAAGAGCCGCACCAGGAAGUCUGCCUUGAAUCACCAUCCGGCGACUCUCCAAGCACCCUCGAGCACCGAAAUCUCGUCAAUCAACAACUCGCGACACUUGAGCAUCGGAUGGCGCGUCGCCAGCAUCAGCGCCAGAACAGCCAGCCCAUGUUCGACGUGACGCGCCCGCACCGCAUGACUCGCCACCAGCGCCGGAGUAGCAAGCGUAGGUUUGAUGUGACGCGCCAGCAGCGUUAUACAUUUCCCGCUUUCGUCCCUUCAGUACCCCCAGGACCCGUAAAAGGUGGACCGGAAUAUGAAGAUGGGCAUUAUUACUUGGUCCCUGCAACACCUAUAUCAGGAAUCAUUCCGGAUUGGCGAUGGGGUCCAGUUCCGCCGCCUCAUUUGACGAUUCCCCUUCCUCAUUGGUAG